AGAUUCGCGGUAGAAUAGCCACAGACGUUCAGGUUUGCCAACCCAACAGUUUGGUUGUUGUUGUGUAACAAAAAAUCAAAAUGUCACUGACCAUCAAGUUAUUUUCCGUGCCCAGAAAUGGUCACCGAAUCUUCCGAUGCACACCCCCUCGACGGUAUGAGGCGAGCUGCGCCAAGGGGCAGUACAUCAACGUAAGCCCCCCGGAUCCCAGCAUGAACAUGGGAGACAUAACAGAGCGUGCCGCGCAGACUAUAUUUUGGACCGAGUUGGCACGCGGUUUCGCCGUAACUUUAGGCAACCUGUUCAAGGAGCCUGCGACUAUUAAUUACCCGUUCGAGAAGGGCCCUCUAAGUCCGCGAUUUCGAGGAGAGCACGCCCUAAGACGGUACCCUUCGGGCGAGGAGCGAUGCAUCGCGUGCAAACUGUGCGAGGCGAUUUGUCCGGCUCAGGCGAUCACCAUCGAAGCGGAGAGUCGAGAGGACGGCUCGCGAAGAACUACGCGUUACGACAUCGACAUGACAAAGUGCAUAUAUUGCGGUUUCUGCCAGGAGGCGUGUCCGGUCGACGCGAUCGUCGAGGGUCCCAACUUCGAAUUCUCAACGGAGACGCACGAGGAGUUGCUCUACAACAAGGAGAAGUUGUUGAAUAACGGGGAUAAGUGGGAGUCGGAAAUUGCGAGUAAUAUAUACGCAGAUCAUUUGUAUCGUUAGUUAAUGUAAAUAUACCAUAUUUAUUUAG